AUGUUGCUACUCCAAGGUGUCACACUAACGAAUGCGAAUGGCGAGAUUGUACAGGGUGAGGCACUAGAUUGCCGCGCGUUUCAACCGAAGCUUAACAAGUUUUACGACGCAGCAGGCGAUAAUUUGGAUAUUGUAUUUGUAGGUUCAGACGCCACGGCUGAAGACCAGUUCAUUCACUUAAAAGAUAAACAAGGUCCUUGGUGGAUGGUACCAUUUGAAGGGGAUACGCGUACGCGACUUAAGCGCUUUUUUGGUGUCUGUGCUAAAGCUGAGGAAAAUGAUUUGAUUCCAAUAUCUCGCUGUGGUGGGAUCCCCACACUUAUUGUCAUUCGCUCUGAUGGAGAAGUCGUCGAUUUUCAUGCUGCUAAUACGGUCGAACGUGACGGAAUUAAGGCUCUUACAAAGUGGCGUGAGUUAAUGACAUCAAAGUGA